ACAGCCAGUUAUUAGUCGUUUUGUGUCAUUGUGUGUUCUGGUGUUGGCCCUGGAGACUGUCGCAGUCUCGUACUCGUACGAUGGUCAUAUAUUUAUCUGGUAUUCAAUAAUAAUCGAGGCUUAUUUAAAAAAAAAAAUAUUACAUCGGAAACAACGAGUAGAUUAGAAAAAUUACAAACUACAGAUAUUUGAAUUAACGAGAACGUAAUAACCUGAGACGUUAAUUUAUGACAGCCAUCGCAAGAAAAUAAACUGAAGCAACUAAACCACUGGACUUGACCUCGGCACUAUCCAACCAGCCAUUUAUUAAUCUAAUCUCUAUAGUACUAAAUAUCAACAUACAUAUAAAUUGUUAUUGACAAUGGAACAACAGGACAACGGGUACUACUGGAAUACACUACCCAGUGUUAUUAUGCUGGAAAUAUUUUCAUAUCUUGAACAUAAAGACCGAAUAAAUGCCUCCAUGGUUUGUAAAAACUGGAGACAAGCGCUCUUUCAUCCAGCCUUCUGGAAAGAUAUCACGUUCGUUUUAGAUGACACUAAAAAUUCGUUGUGGUCAAGUUAUUUAGGGGAUUGUUUUGGUCUGAGCGUUCAAAAUGCAACAGUAAGAUGUCAAAUCCCCCACUGCAGUCUCGAGCUAGAAAAAUUACUCCGUAAUUUAUGUGAGAACAGAAAUUUACGUCGGCUUUUUGUCGAGCCAUCGACAUCAACAUUCGAGUGGUCAUUCACCUGCUACGAUGACAUGGAAGCAUUGGAGACGUGGACGGAGUCAUUAUAUCUAUCGAUAAUAAAAAUAAUUGAAACGUCAAAACGUCUGGAGGCACUGACACUCGGUUGUGUUGAAGAAUUAGUACUAAAUGCGGGUGAAGUUCUUGAGAUGUUGGGUUACUAUCACGGAAAACAUCUGACUCAUCUUGGUUUAGCUUCGGUUAAAGAAGAUCCUGAAAACUAUCAGUUUGUGAUAUUAAACAGUAUUACCUUCCAGCAAUUUAUAAGCCUCACUAUCCUUACACUAGACUACGAUUAUUUGAAUGACACGAUGUUGGGGUCAUUGACUAGUGGGACUUUAGAGCGACUUGUUGUUCAUGUUCAUAAUUGGAAGGAAAAUUAUACCGGAACAUCAGACGAUGCCUGGGAAUUGUUUACUCAAAAAAAUCCUCGCUGUGAGCUAAGAUUAAAUUUACUGCACGCCUACACAGGUGUCACCGUCCUAGAACGCCAAAUACUCAAACGUAACAUGCCGCUCACUCACUUCAAGGCUUUAUUCUGUGAAUAUGUUAAUCUUGGAGCUCUUUACACGAUCGCGUCGUAUUAUAGUACGAGUUUGAAGUCUCUUAUGUGGAUUGAUUCUGCAGACAAUAACGAAUUGUCAUUACCACCAACUGAUGGAAAUCCUGAUGGUUUAGUAAUGGUGGCUUGGCGUUGCGUUAAUCUUCAGGAAAUAGUAUACAUUGGUCAUAAAUAUUAUCAUACAAAUUUGCUUGCGAUUGCUCGAUUACGAGGUCACACUUUACGAAGAUUCGAAUUCGCUGAAAAUGAUAUCAAAGAAGAAGAUACGCCGCAUUAUAAAUACAAAGAAGUCAGAUCCGAAAUCAAUAGUAUACUCGGCGGUAAUUGGAAGACAUUCUCCGACUCAGAACUGAUGCCAGUACUGAUAGACGCUAUCGCAGGUGACAGCAGAGAUGUAAUAAUGCCAUUGGUACUCAGUGACGCCAAGUAAUUUAUCGCAAAAAUUAUAAUUUAUAAUUACAAUCACAAUCACAAUCAUAAUCACAAUCAUAAACCAAGACCAGUAAACCAUCAGCAUCAUCGCGGCAAAAAAACAUCAUCGCUAUUUACUAUCAUUUAGAGAACGUAAGUCAAAAAAAAAAACGUCUGUUCACAAAAAUAAUCAAAAGUACGUUCCCUUAUUAUUAUAUUCUAUGCAUUUAAGAACCAUUGCCAAUUAAUGCGAUAGCCAGUGAACAAAAGCUCGUUAAAAAAAUUUAUUAUGUUCCCUGUUCACAAAAGUUGAGUAAAAAUUUAAAUUGCACUUGACUAAAAAUAUUAUUAAAUGAUAAGAAGAGAAAACGUGACGACAUGGACUCUGCUAUCAGGUCCAGUAAGACUCCGACUUAAUCAGUCGUUAAUUAAAUUCGUGGAUUGACACAACGCGUAAAUAAACAAACAAAAUAUAUAUAUUAAAGAGGGAAGUAGAUAAAAAAAAA